AUGGGGCACGACUUUAACUUUGACGCGGUGGAGAUUGUGGGCCGAAGUGAAGGGUCUGUAUGUCCAGUCAACCGCCACAUACAUUUCCCGGCACUACAUGUUGUUUUAAAGACCUUCUUAUCCCGGGACACACGCGGCAUCCAACGACGGGGGCUGGGAACAAGUCCGGGCGUGAUGAAGGACGAUGGACCGAACGCUCAGGAGGCCAACACUGGGGGCAACGUCUGCAUACCGGGAAUCACUCGAGACACCAUGGAAGGCGACUGGACGAACACACAGGGGUCUGACACCAGCGCAAGCCGCAUUAACACGCACUCAGCCAACGCCAUGGAAAACAUGCUUACUCCGAGCACAAGUCUUGGUGUCACAAAGGGCCAUGGAACGAACAGGCAAGGGGGCGACACGGUGACAGGCAGGAGACCGACAGACGAGGAGAUUGAAGACGUGGCGAGAGACAUACAUAGUGGCUCAAACAUGAUUGGUAGAACAGGCAUGAGCAAGAAAGGACGGCAUGAAGACGAAGACCGUGAGCCAGAGUUUCCAUUCUCUGAAGAUGGGUAG